AUCGGGUCGGUCGAUCGGCAUGUCGACGGCGGCGUCGCUGCACCAGAAGCCGCAUGGGAGCGGCGGCGGAGGAUGCUGCAGCAUCAGCGGGACGGUGGAGCUCGUGGUGGCGUUCACGGCGGUGUGCCUCGCGCUGUACGGGAUGAUACUGUACCUCAACUAUCUGUACAUGCGGUCAGGGUGGGGCGGCGUGCACCGGAUGACGGGGUCCAGCGCUGCGGCGAGGAAGAGGGGAGGCGGAGAGGGGCUCAACAAGGCGGCGCUAGCGGCCAUGGCGCCGGUGUUCAUAUUCAAGGCGAAGGAGGAGGCGGCGGGGCAGGAGUGCCCGGUGUGCCUCGGCGCCAUGCAGGACGGCGACGCCGUGCGCGUUCUGCCGGGGUGCAGGCACGCGUUCCACGUCGGGUGCGUCGACGUCUGGCUCUGCACGCACGCCACCUGCCCCGUCUGCCGCGCGCGCCCUUCGCUCCCACCUUCGGCGCCACCCAGGGCUGCUAGCAAGGCAACGGACCAGCCCGCCGGACGGGAGCCAGACCUGGAGAAUCAGGUAUAG